CUCUGUAGAUUUGGAAACUAGAAGUCUGAGUAAAAUGGACCCCCCUUUCAAUGCAGCACAACGUAUAGUGCAAUAAAUGAUAUGAGAACACACACAAAACAAUUGUUGACCAUUUAGGCUUUGCACUGUCUCUCUAUUCUGACCCGGAAGUACUUAGUUAUUCUUUCCUGCUUCACAGUGGUACCUUGUAGCGCUUUGAAGGUGAAGCUCAAUCGCCUGUCUCACCGCUGCAGCCUACCGGCGAGGUACUGAACAAGAACGACUCUCUCCCCUUCUCCUGCUCUGUACCGGGAUCCGUUAUAAUCAUGUCUAUAUUCGCCGAAGUACCUCAAGCCCCUCCAGUGGCCGUUUUUAAACUGACUGCCGAUUUCAGAGAGGACACUCACGCGCAGAAGGUGAAUUUGGGAGUCGGAGCCUACCGUACAGAUGACUGUCUACCGUGGGUCCUGCCCGUAGUGAAGAAGGUAGAGCAGAUGAUAGUGGAGGACAACAGUCUGAACCACGAGUAUCUUCCCAUCCUGGGUCUCCCUGAGCUCCGCUCUGCUGCCUCCAAGGUGGCCCUGGGCGAUGACAGCCCCGCCAUCAAGGACGGGAGGGUGGGAGCGGUCCAGGCGUUGGGAGGUACCGGUGCGUUGAGGAUCGGGGCGGAGUUUCUGAGGCGCUGGUACAACGGCACCAACAACACGGCCACGCCCGUCUACGUCUCCGCGCCAACCUGGGAGAACCACAAUGCAGUGUUUUCUGAUGCUGGGUUUAAAGAUAUCCGCCCCUACCACUACUGGGACGGAGAAAAGAAAGGCCUGGACGUGACCGGUAUAAUGGAUGACCUGGAGAACGCUCCAGAACAUUCUAUCUUUGUGCUCCAUGCCUGUGCCCACAACCCCACGGGGACAGACCCCACACCUGACGAAUGGAAGACGAUCUCUGAGGUCAUGAAGAGGAGGAAGCUGUUUGUGUUCUUUGACUCAGCCUACCAGGGUUUUGCAUCAGGCAGUCUGGAUAAAGAUGCCUGGGCCAUCCGCUACUUUGUCUCUGAAGGAUUUGAGCUGCUCUGUGCCCAGUCCUUCUCCAAGAACUUUGGCCUCUACAAUGAGCGUGUUGGUAACCUGACGGUAGUGGCCCAGGAUAAAGACAACCUGGCCCGUGUUCUGUCCCAGAUGGAGAAGAUCGUCAGGACCACCUGGUCCAACCCUCCCUCCCAGGGGGCGCGCAUCGUAGCCAUCACACUCAACAACCCCGAUCUGUUCAUAGAAUGGAAGGGUAAUGUAAAGACCAUGGCUGACCGUGUAUUGUUGAUGAGAGACCAGUUGAAGGCUAAGCUCAUUGCUCUGGGGACACCCGGCACCUGGGACCACAUCACUCAGCAGAUCGGCAUGUUCAGCUUCACCGGACUGAACCGUAAGAGUUUCCCAAACACACAGACAUGUACCCAGGCACCUCCUAGCAGACCGGCAUGUUGAAGCUUCACCGGACUGAACCGUAAGAGUUUCCCAAACACACAGACAUG